CAUGGCCGACGUUGGAGCGAAAAAAAAGAGCCAGGCGAAAAUAUCAAGGUUGCCGUGAAAAACACCACAAAGUCAUCACUUCAAGCAUCCCAAUCCACAUCUCCCCUUAUCAGUGGAGAUAUUAACUAGUUAUUUGUUCCCCCGAAUGACCGUAAAAACUUAUCGAUUAGUUUCAACCGCGAUACCGCGCAAUUGAGAGGGAUAUCGAGUCGAGAAAUCUGGCGGGCUGUGGCGACCAUCACACACAAAGAUGUGCGAGGCGACAGUCACCGACGAGGAAUCUGCAUAUCGAGCUACAUACUACAGCGGUGUCACGUCGGUGAAGCGAGGAAAACUGUCCUGCUCGUCGUGUGGUAAUACUAUCAGUUUUGAAGCUGAUAAUUAUUAUGCACAUCCUUUUUUGGGGAUUCUACAGUGUCAGCCCUGCUGUGACCAGUUUCGUGUCCUCAAGUCUAGUCUAAAGGUCAAAGCCUGGAAGAAGAGAUGUUUGAUGUGUGGAUCUGACCAUUGUCAAACCCUCUAUCCAUGUCCAGUGAAAAAUUGCCCGUACUCAUUCUGCAAGAACUGCAUCAAAAGAAAUGCGUCAAGUGCGCUCCUGCUGGCAGACACAACCACCUGGAAGUGCUUCGUCUGCCUGACAAACCCCCUGUGGGAGGCACGAGGCGUCUGCGCCACCCUCAUGUCAGCAUCCCCCAGAAGGAGGAAAAAACAAAAAACGGUACGUGAAGAAUCCUCCGAAGACGACGACAUUGACGAUAUAAAAGCUCAGAUGUCUAAAAAAAGCUCUAAAGUGUCAAGAGUAUCAAAAUCCAACUCGUCAUCGAGUGUUCGAGGGAGAAGACCCCCCCGAAAUGCCUCAAAGUCAUCGGCGAAUAAGACCGAAGAGGACAGUGACGAUGACAUCGAGGUGAUAUCAGUAUCAAAACCGAAGAAAUCGUCAAAACAGAGAAAAACAAAAUCCUCGAGAAGAAAAGAUUCAUCAGAGAGGAGUUCAGUGGAGAGGAGCUCGACUCCGGAGUCAUCAGGACGUCAGAGCAAACUCUCGACGAGCCAUCCAACAAGAAGAACCCGAGCAGGAUCCUCAGACUCGAGGAAGAGCACCCAGAGGUUCACGCAGAGGCUGGAUCACGUGAAACGACAGAAUUCAGACUCUUCAUCUGGAAAGGAGUUCACACAGAGGAAGAUCAUCAAGGAGAGUUACGUCACCCUCCAGAGACUCUCAGUGCUCGAGAAGGACUUCACCCACUCUCCUGAUGAGCCUGACAGCCCAGUGGGAACGAUAUUAUCGAAGCAACAGGUGUUCUCCCUGAAGAACUCCCUCCAGGACUUCAUUCACAGUCUGAAGUCCACUUCCAGGAGGAUGAUGGAGGCUGCUGAGUCACUCCAACGACAGUACUCCCAGAAGGAGACGAUCAGGCCAGUGGAGGCGACCAAGUGGAUAGCAGAGUGCAAAAACACAGCUGCAUCCUUCAGGAAGAAGAUCGAUGACAAUGAGCAUACCCUCGUCAACAAGUUCGGUAGCUGGUGUAAAAAGACCAAGAUCAAGAAUAUUUUCAUCAGCACCAAUGGGAUCGAUGACUCUGUGACACCAUCACGAAGUGGUUUGAAUAAUACGAAGAAGGGGAGAGGUGUUGUUCCUUCGUCGAGUGAUGAGGAUGAGAGGGAAGUCAAGAGUCGAGAGAAGAGCUCCUCGGUGGAGAGGACUCCUGAGGUCUCUGAGUGCGAGAGUGCUGAGAUAUUUACUCAGGAUGAAGAGGCACACAGCAGCAAGACUAAGAGCAAGAGCAGGAGGAGGAGGGGAGAUAAAAGCCUUUCGCCAGUUGAUGAGGAGAUGAAUGGGGGUACGAGUGAUGGGGAACAGUUGGGCUCCUCCUUCGGGCGUGCUUCACGGGUUCCAGAGGCUCUUGUUGAGGUUGACAACAGGGGGAGGGGGAAAAGUGAUGCCGAGGGGUCUUCCAAUGACGACAUGUUCGCUGAUUCUGAUGAUGAAGAGGGGAAGAAACGCCAGGAGAAGAGACAGGGUGAGAGGAAAAAAGCUGGGGAGAAGGAGCGGUUGAGUGACUCUGGUAACACGAGUGAAGAGGUCUCCUCCCCAGGGCCAAAGUCCAGUAAAAAAUCUAGGAAGAGAGUGGAAAAGGCGAAACGUGUCAGCUCUCGUGAAAAAUCACCGGACCAUUUGUUGCUGUCGGGAGAUGAUAAAGAUGAAGAGAAUAAGAGGGACAAGAAGAGGAAGAGUAGAUCAUCGAGGAGUGAUUCUGAUGCUGACCGGAAGUCAAAGAGGAAACUCAGCACAGAAUCUUCGAAAUUAUCAGAGGGGAGGAAGAGGAAUAAAUCGGAAGAAGCCAAGAAGAACAAAGUAUCAUCAUUUGUAGACUCUGAUGCUUCAUCAGAUGGGGACAAGAGUAAAAAAGCCAAGGCUGUGAAGAAAAAAUCCAAAGCUCUGUCUCAAGAUUCUUCUGACGACGAACGAAUAAGCAGAUCUAACGAGAAAAAGAAGAAGGCGAAGGCUCUAGUGGCUUCAGACGUUGAUUCGUCAGAUGACGAUGGGAAAUUGAGUGAAGCUGAUGAGAAGAAAAAAUCCAAAACCCUGUCUCGAAAUUCGUCUGACGACGAACGAAUGAGCAGAUCCAACGAGAAAAAGAAGAAGGUGAAGGCGUCGACUCCAGUGGCUUCAGACGUUGAUUCGUCAGAUGACGAUGGAAAAUUGGUUAAAACAGUUGAUGAGAAGAAAAAAUCCAAAACCCUGUCUCGAAAUUCGUCUCACGACGAACGAAUGAGCAGAUCUAACGAGAAAAAGAAGAGGGCGAAGGCUCUAGUGGCUUCAGACGUUGAUUCGUCAGAUGAGGAUGGGAAUUUGGGUGAAGCUGAUGAGAAGAAAAAAUCCAAAACCCUGUCUCGAAAUUCGUCUGACGACGAACGAAUGAGCAGAUCCAACGAGAAAAAGAAGAAGGUGAAGGCGUCGACUCCAGUGGCUUCAGACGUUGAUUCGUCAGAUGACGAUGGAAAAUUGGUUAAAACAGUUGAUGAGAAGAAAAAAUCCAAAACCCUGUCUCGAAAUUCGUCUCACGACGAACGAAUGAGCAGAUCUAACGAGAAAAAGAAGAGGGCGAAGGCUCUAGUGGCUUCAGACGUUGAUUCGUCAGAUGAGGAUGGGAAUUUGGGUGAAGCUGAUGAGAAGAAAAAAUCCAAAACCCUGUCUCGAAAUUCGUCUGCCGACGAACGAAUGAGCAGAUCUAACGAGAAAAAGAAGAAGGCGUCGACUCCAGUGACUUCAGACGUUGAUUCGUCAGAUGACGAUGGAAAAUUGGCUGAAGCACCAAGCCCCCAGCCCGAUUCCUCCUCUGAAGAAGAAGUCACGACAAAUUCUAAUGAUAAACCCAGGGAGAAUGAAGAGCCCUCAGCUGUUGGUGAAAAUGACAGCAUCCAGUCAGUCGUGGACUCAUCAGACGGAGAAACAGUCAAACCAAAGAAAUCGAAGGAUUCUAAAUCGAAGGGCGACUCGUCCCCAGAGGAAAGCGAGGGUGAGGAGAAGAAGAAGAAGAAGAAGAAGAAGGCUCAACGUCGAUCCUCACUGGAGAAAUCAACAGAGAAGUCCAAGGAGGAGAGAACCUCGUCCCCAGGGGCAGCUGAUGCUGAGGAAGUAAUGAAGAAAAAAUCAGGGCUGACUUCAGAGGAUUCCUUCGUCACAGCGAUUGAGACUAGUCCUCCAUCGGAUAAAUUCAGCAGAGACAAAGAUGCAGUUGGAGAGGCUCCUGACGUUGAAGAACCUGCGAAGGAUUCUUCACUGGAUUCAGCCUCAUCAGACAGUGGUACAGUCACACUGAGCCAAUCAGUUGAAUCUGGUAAGAAGAAAUUAACUGAGGCUGAAGAGGCUGCCAAGAGAGACUUGAUUAAAACUUCAUCAGAGUCUGAACAUGAGGAGGAAACGUCCGAUAAAUCGGUUAAAAAAUCCAAGAAGCAAUCAAGAGCAUCGUCUAAAGAGAAUUCUGAUGCUGAAGAACGAACCGAACGACCUGAGUCCCCUUUAGAAUCUCCUGAGGAGCUUGAAGACACAAUAAUUGAAGGUGAUGAUAAGUCCAAGAGGAAAGGAUCUCCAGAGCUUUCUGAUGUUGAUGAGAUGGCCAAGAAAAUACUUCUGCGCAGUGAAUCGUCAUCAGACGUGGCUGAGGGGUUGGACGAAUCAGAGAAGUCCGAUGAGAAACGAGUGUCUGAUUCUGAAGAGAGAGCCAAGAAGAUGCUGUUGAACUCAGACUCAUCGUCAGACGACAGAGAGGUGGAGGAGUCAUUGGAAAAAUCUACGUCACAGGCACCGCACGAGGAGACAACGAAAGACUCGCUUCUCGAGCCAGACACAUCGUCAGAUAAAGUAUCGGAUGACACUGCCUCCAAGGGGAAUGAGAAGAGGGCGAAGGAGGCACUUUUGGCCUCAAACUCAUCCCUAGAUGAUCUGGACACUUCCAAGACAGAGAAAACUGCUGGGGCUUCAGAUAAAUCUGGAGAUGAGGUGGAAAGUUCUGCUAAAGAAUCCGAUAAAUCCAGGAAGAAAGAAAAAUCAAAAUCAGAUUCUUCAGUUGCCGAAGUUGGUAGAACUUCUCCAACUCAAAUCUCAAAGCCCAGUCCCAAAUCGAAAAAAUCAGGGCCCAAGAGAGCGAAAGACCUUGAUGCAGAAGCAAAAAAACUCCUGUUGAGAUCAUCAUCGUCGUCUGAUGAAGACGAGGAUAAAAAGAAGAAGAAGAAACUUCCAUUGAAGAAGCCAGCAACUCCCAGCGAUCGAGAUUCAGACAGUAUGUUCUCAUCUCCACGUGUCAAGAGGAGAAAGCUCAACAUUAAAAAUUCAGAAUUUUAUAAGACUGAUAAAAAGCUCAGGAUGGGAUGUUCGGUGGUGGUGAACAGGCUCUCGAAUAAUAUUCUCAGGCGUCAUGCAAGGGCAUUGAAAAAAUCUAAAGAGUACCUUGAGGAUAAAGAACUCAAAAGUCUGACAACUCUAGAUGGCCUUGAGAAGACCCGCAAGCGAGACAAGGGAAAUGCCUCAGACUCAUCAGACACAACAUCGACAGCGAGAGCGAAGAAGAAGACCUCCAAAGAGGCUAAGGACACCCUCGUGGACCACCUCAACGUGAAUGGAGAGAAGAUUGACACUGGUGACAGUUCCAGCAGCGAAGAGGACCGUGAGACUCGCGAGAAAUCUCAAUUAUCAGGUGACCUGCAACACGACGCUGAAAAACUCGCCAAGAGCGCCCUGAUGGAGUCGUCAGACGAGGACAAGCCCGUGACAUUGUCCUCGGACGAUGAGCCGGUGAAAAAAAAAAAAGACAAGAAAAAAUCAGGUAAAUCGAGGGAGAAGCCGCCUGAGGGUGAGGGCACCUCCUCGAAGUCGAGUAAAGCUGACUGGAAGAAGAGUAAACUCUUAACGAUGAAGCUAUCAUCAUCAGACGAGGAGGAGCAGUCCCAGAAGUUCGAAAAGAAGGUUCAGAGACUCUCCCAGAAGGACUCUGAGGAUUCAGACUUUGAGGACGACUCCAAGAAGAAGAAGAGAGUGAGGAGACGUCGAUUGAACUCGGACUCUGACAUAAAACUGACAGACGAGGAGCCUUCGAAUGACUCGGAAGACCCUCGGGAGUCUUCCAAGCCCGAAAAGAAAGGGAAAAAACGAUCGAAGAAGGGGGACAACUCGUCUGACUCUAGCUCAUCAUUCAAGAGUCGUCCAAAGCCCAAGAGACGUAGAGUGAGAACAGCUGGGACAGACAGUGACAGUGACAUCGAGGAGAUUGCCAACUCGCAGGGAUCCCCCAACAAGUCAGGAAGAAAGAACAUCAGGAAAGUCAUCAAGGACACGAAAGUGGCUGAUGACACUAAGCAGGCUGCCAAGCAGGAGGAGGAGAGACUGAAGAGAAUGGCAGAGCGUCAGAAGCUCUACAACGAGAUGUACGAGGCUAGACUGGCUGGUGAGGAGAAGGUGGACAAGUUGAUUCUGGAUUUCGACGAGGAAUCCAAGGAGGAACUCCUGAGUGUCCACGAGGGAUUGGUCAAGAGGCUGAAGCCCCACCAGGCCCAGGGAAUAAAAUUCAUGUGGGACGCCUGCUUCGAGUCCCUGGAACGAGCUAAAUCCACCUCAGGCUCUGGCUGCAUUCUGGCGCACUGCAUGGGUCUAGGAAAAUCCUUCCAGGCUGUGACACUGACCCACACACUUCUGGUGAACACUGAAAAGACUGGAGUUCGAACUGCUCUCGUUGUGUGCCCCUUGAGCACAGUAUUGAACUGGGUGAAUGAGUUCAAGAUCUGGCUGAACGAGGUGAACGAUGGGGACGACGUGGAAGUAUACGAGUUGACCAAGUUCAAGCAGAAUGCUGAGAGGAGAUUUCAGCUUGAACGUUGGCAGAGGAAGGGUGGGGUCAUUAUUCUUGGGUACGAGAUGUACAGGAAUCUGUCGAAUCCAACGAAGAAGAUGAACAAGAAAUUGAGGGAAUCGUUCUUCAAGUGUCUGGUGGAGCCAGGGCCUGACUUGGUUAUCUGUGAUGAGGGACAUUUGCUGAAGAGUGAGACGACAGCCAUCAGCAAGGCCAUGAGCAAAAUAAGAACACUCAGGAGAAUUGUCUUGACUGGUACUCCUCUUCAGAACAAUCUCACAGAGUAUCACUGCAUGGUGCAAUUUGUCAAGCCGAAUUUACUCGGUACUAAGAAGGAAUUCUUGAAUAGAUUCGUCAAUCCCAUUCAGAAUGGACAGUUUGACAAUUCCACUGAGUACGACGUUAAAUUGAUGAAGAAGAGGGCUCAUGUACUUCAUAAGAUGUUGGAGGGCAGUGUCCAACGGUUCGACUACUCAGUACUGACUCCAUUCUUACCUCCCAAGCAGGAGUACGUGAUAUUUGUCAAGUUAUCGGAUAUUCAGAUCCAAUUGUAUCAGUAUUACAUCGACAAUUUGGCGAGGAGACAGAGAGCAGCUGGUGGAUCACUGUUCGCUGAUUUCCAGGCACUUCAGCGUAUCUGGACACAUCCAAUAGCCAUUAAACUCAAUGCUGAUAAGGCAGCUGAGAAGAGAAUACGUGAGGCGAGUGAUUCAGAGGGUUCACUGAAGGAUUUCAUUGACGAUGGAAGUGACGACGAGAGCAGCAAGAGUGACAGCACCAUUGCAUCGACCAGCAGUUCAAAGAGUAAAAAGAGUGAUGUUCCUGUUAAACGUCACACCAGGGCUAAUGCUGAUGUUGAGGAGGUUGUUGAGGAGCCAGUGCAGGAGCAAGAGUGGUGGAGCCAGUUCCUGCAGGACGAGCACUUUGAGGACCUGAGGAUAUCGGCAAAGCUGAGGAUUCUCUUUGAGAUCCUCAAAGAGAGCGAGAACAUUGGGGACAAAGUCCUCGUUUUCUCUCAGUCCCUCUACUCACUCACCCUGAUCGAGAGAUUUCUAGCCACGAUUGAUAAUGAGACGCAGAAUAAUCUGGACAAUCCCUCGGAGUUGGUUGAUGGCCACACUGGCAGCUGGUCCCUGGGGCUGGACUACUUCAGGCUCGAUGGACAGACGUCAACCGAGAACAGGAGUCUCUGGUGCAAAAUAUUCAACAGGCCAACCAACACAAGAGCCAGAUUGUUCUUGAUAUCAACGAGAGCUGGUGGUCUUGGUAUUAAUUUGACAGCUGCCAACAGAGUCGUCAUCUUCGACGCCAGUUGGAAUCCAUCCCACGAUGUUCAGAGUAUAUUCAGAAUAUACAGGUUUGGACAGAAGAAACCGUGUUAUGUCUACAGGCUGCUGGCUGCUGGCACCAUGGAGGAGAAGAUUUACAACAGACAGGUGACGAAGUUGUCUCUGUCCUGUCGAGUUGUUGAUGAGCAGCAGAUCGAGAGGCAUUACACACACUCGGAUCUGGCUGAGUUAUACACACUGGACAGACCUCCGGAGACACCGGAGACCAUUGGCUGCCCGAAGGAUCGACUUCUCGCUGAGAUAUUUUCGAAGCACAGGGAUAUUGUCGUUAAUUUCCACGAGCACGAUUCAUUAUUGGAGAAUAAGGCUGAUGAGGGAUUGGACGAGGAGGAGAGGAAGCAAGCCUGGUUGGAGUACGAGCAGGAGAAGGCUGGAAGACCACCAGUCAAUCCAAUGAUGAAUAUGGGCUUCAAUUAUCAGGAUCAGUUGCUCCAGUAUAAUCAACAGAUGAUGAAUACACUCUCCAAUGGCAAUGCCAUGCAGAUGGAGCUCAGCAAUCUACAGAGAUUGUACCAGAAAGACUUCCCUAAUAUGACUCCUGAACAGCAGAAGAUGAUGGCCACCAAGGCACUGAUGGAUAUGUACAGUUACAUGGAGAAUCAGGCGGUUAUGUCCAGCAGGGUGGCACAACCAUCCAUGGUGGCACCUGCAGCGAGCUAUUCCAAUCCCACUAAUACGCUGGCUAAUCAACUGGCUCAGGAGGCUUACACCAGGCAUCAUCAGCAGGCUAAACAGAUGACAGCUUAUCAGAAGCAGUUGCUCUAUGCUCAGCAGUAUGGGAAUUUUAAGAGCAUUGCUGGAGGGGCGCAGAGGGCUCCACAGAAUGCCAGCAUGUAUAGGCAGCCCCCUGCCACGCAGGGAGGGGCCACUGCUUCCAGUGAUCCUGAUGUUCUUGAGAUAAUUCCAAGCACAGCAACGUCCAACAGCACAGCCCCGGCAUCAUCAGCUCAAAGUAAACCAUCAAAGUUUCAAGAAGAGUAAGCAAGAGGCUGCUGACACUAUUGACAAAAUCAAUUAUAAUUCAAAGAAUUACGGAGGUAAUGAAAAAAUUCUCUCAUCUCCAGUAAAUUUUCUCUGACUUUGACACCUAGAAAUAUCUUGUGAUGGUGAAAAAACGGCCAAUAGGCUUUCAGUUGUGACAGAGGAUUAGAUCGACUAAAACUGUUUUUUUUUUGUUUCUAAAAGAGUUGGAAAGAAUUGUAGGAAUCGGAAUUUUUUAUAACUAGUUUAUUAUCAAUUAUCAUAGUUUUUUUUUCUAUUUUCAUUAUUUUCAUCGUAAAUGUAAUGAAAUAAAUGAGCUAUCGAUUGUCUAUUGGGAAAAAUAUCGAGGCAAACUUCGUUUCCAUCCACUCUUCAACAGUUUCUUCAGUUUAAUUUUAGUUUUUAGAUAAUCAGUAUUGUUUGCUUGAUUUGUCAUCUCGUGGGGAUCUACCCUGUGAUCGUAGAGCUCAUCAGCAAUCAGUUUAUUCCAAUCACUCGUCAUUCUGAGAUUAUCAAAUUUAAUCCAUGCUGUGUAACGAUAGAUUUUUGUACGCAUUGUGUAGCCCAUUAUUCUGAUGUGCUGAAGACGUGGCUCAUCACUGUUUGGUGACCACGUUGGUGAUACACCAGGUCGUGGAUAUUGACUGAAUGCAGCUCUCUUCCACUUUAUAGUCUUGAAUAAAUCAUUAAACAUUCAUUAUCAUCAA